CAGUUGUUCUGGGUCUGUUUAAAAAGCACUGUGCGGUGUGUUUAGAGCCAUUCAGAGAUAGCAGCUGCUCUGAGAGAAGGGCGGGCAGUGAAACACUCAGGCAAGAGCAACUUUCCGAGCUGAGGCCUCACUCUCACCCCAUGCCGCCCCAAAACCUGGCUCAGCAGAGACUUUUGAUCAAGGGGGGAAAGGUUGUGAACGACGACCACUCUGUGGUGGCUGAUGUGUAUGUGGAAGAUGGAGUGGUGCGGCAGAUGGGACCCAACCUAAACCCUCAGCCAGCCACUGGCCUCGUUGUGCUGGAUGCGACCAACAAACUGGUGAUCCCUGGAGGCAUCGAUACUCAUACACACAUGCAGUUCCCUUUUAUGGGUAGCAGGUCAAAAGAUGACUUCUAUACAGGAACAAAGGCUGCUCUAGCAGGAGGAACCACUAUGAUCAUUGACUUCGCCAUUCCUCAGAAAGGCUGCUCUCUUAUUGAAGCCUUUGAUACAUGGAAAAGCUGGGCAGACCCUAAAGUCUGCUGUGAUUAUGCACUGCACGUGGCAGUUACAUGGUGGAGCAACCAGGUGAAGGAAGAAAUGAAAAGUCUUGUUGAGAACAAAGGUGUCAACUCAUUCAAGAUGUUUAUGGCCUAUAAAGAUCUAUACAUGGUCAAUGAUGAGGAGUUAUAUGAAGCCUUUUCCUGCUGUAAGGAACUUGGAGCAGUUGCUCAAGUCCAUGCAGAGAAUGGGGAUCUAAUUGCACUGGGUGCAAAGAAGAUGCUGGCAAUGGGAAUAACUGGCCCUGAGGGGCAUGAGAUGUGUCGUCCUGAAGAAGUGGAAGCUGAAGCUACGCAGAGAGCAAUUACCAUAGCAAAUGCUGUAAACUGCCCCCUUUUUGUAGUCCAUGUAAUGAGUAAAUCUGCAGCAAGGGUGAUAAGUAAUGCACGAAGAGAAGGAAAGGUGGUUUAUGGGGAGCCUAUUGCUGCUGGUCUUGGCACCGAUGGCACCAACUACUGGAAUAAGGACUGGGGUCAUGCUGCAGCACAUGUCAUGGGACCUCCACUGAGACCAGAUCCAUCUACUCCUGGUUUCCUCAUGAACUUACUGGCUAAUGAUGACUUAUCUGUGACAGGGACUGACAAUUGCACCUUUGACAUAUGCCAGAAAGCUCUGGGGAAGGAUGAUUUCACAAAGAUCCCUAAUGGAGUGAAUGGUGUGGAAGACAGGAUGUCAGUCAUAUGGGAAAAAGGAGUUUACAGUGGAAAAAUGGAUGAAAACAGAUUUGUAGCUGUUACCAGCACAAAUGCAGCAAAAAUCUUUAAUCUUUACCCAAAGAAGGGGAGAAUUGCUGUGGGUUCUGACGCUGACAUCGUAAUUUGGGAUCCCAGUGCUACAAGGACGAUAUCUGCAAAGACACAUCACCAGGCCAAUGACUUCAAUAUAUUUGAAGGAAUGGUCUGCCAUGGAGUCCCAGUUGUGACAGUUUCAAGAGGCAAAGUGGUUUAUGAAGGUGGAGCUUUCAAUGUCACAGCAGGAGAAGGCAAAUAUGUCUCCCGUCCACCAUUCCCUCCAUAUGUCUACAAACGAGUCAGGCAGCGGGAGCAGGUCUGUCAGCCUGUUCCUGUUAAGAGAGCACCAUAUACAGAUCUGGUCUCAGCAGCAUCCAUCGUACCAAAAUAAUAAGCUCACCACUCAGUUUUGGCCCUUGCAGAUAAAAGCAAAUGAAAAUGACCCUGCUGUUCCUGUCAAAGUAGUGCAUUCUGGAUCCAACAAUCAAUCCACAAUCAACUUCUCAAGUUCCAACAUGGAACAACAGUAGCCAAUGAACAUUACACUGCGCUUCCUGCAUGAAAGUUAUCGUUGCAAUUUCUCUUUAAAAAGGAUUUUUUAAUAAGAACUAGAAAAUUCUUUUUAGAAAAUGGAGUAGUAAUAAUAUAAUAACGACAGUUAGAAUGUGGCAGCAGCUCUGUAGGUGUUUAAGAGUAGGUAAGUUUGGGGAUGGUAUUUCUUAAUAUUUAUCUUUAGAAGGUAUCAACUAACUUAUAAAGUAAAAGCAAUGAGUGAUGGCCCUUAAGCACAUUUUCUACAUUCUUGCUCUUUUAGGUCACAGGAGGUGAACCCUAAUUCCCUAAUUUCAUGUGCUAGGAAGAUCUCUGCUGUGCUUAGCAAUGCAGAGAAUUCUGAUUGCAGAUGCUGAAUUUGAUGUUUUGUUUUUCCCUGCCUGGAAGGGGUCAGGUACAGAAAAAUGCUUGUUCAGGGGAACUGUCACUAUUUUAGAUCUGCUGCUACACCUCCCUGUCCCUGUCUUUAAAGGAGUUUAUACAUUUUGUCCCUGCCAGCUGCACAGCCAAGCAUUUAUUGGUGUGUUCAAGUGUUUCCUCUGUUACAUCAUAGGCAAUCCUAUGAUGAACCAUACUGAUAAAGUUACCUACAAUACUGUUCUGUGUUCUUGCUUUGUGGAGGCACAUAUUCCCACAAUUUGAAGGCUUAUGAAUUGGGAUCGCCAGAGUAAGAGCAUAACGUGCUUAUCGAAAAAAACUUCUUUUACUGAAAAUGCAUUUUUUUUCCUGAUGUAACUAAUGCCUUGAGUUUUUUUGGUAGGAUAGGAUUCCUAAUUAAAAAAACAACAACUGAUUCCCUCAAUUUCUCUAAUUUCCCAUUUGAGAGGUAAUGGUAUUCUUAGAAGCACGACUCUGUUACUGUGUCUAGACAGGUUUUGCCUUGGAAACCUAGAAUGUUGUUUAGGGUUGCAUUUUUACUUGUUAUAGCCCAUCAUUUUAAACAACUUUCACUGAGGAAUAUUUAAGAGAGAAACGAGGCUAACACAGAAACACCUGUACAGUGAGUUUAUUGUCCUAUAUGUAGAAACAGUAUAACCCAUACUCCUGUGCAACCCAUGGGCCAAACAGACACAGAAAGAGAUUCGUAUUUUAAGACAGACACAGAAAGCAUAGAAUAGUUACUGCUACUUUGGAUUUGGUAGUGGAAGGCAGACUUGUAGUUCCUGCUCUAUUCAUAGGCAUACAGUAAUGUAUGAGCAUGCAAGAGAAAAAAAACUCCUACUAGAUCUGUUAUUCUUGUGUCUCUAAAUAUUAAAGGAUAAUUUUCUUUGUAAGGUGAUGGAAGAUAAUGUGGGGAUGUUCAUGAAGAGCUAGCACAGGUUCACAUUUUUCAGGUUGUCUUUGGGGUGACAGAACAGCAGAACCAGGCAUUCAGUACUAUUACAACAACUGUUACAAGGGAACAGGGUUCACUGUUCAGUGUAGAUUUCUAUAUUGAAAUGGUCUGCAUAUGAGUUUGUUGUCAAUUCUCCCUCCGUAACGAAGAAAGAAAAGGAUGCUUCUGGAACUCUCUUCAUCUCAGCAUCAAGAGUUAAACAGGCUAGAUGAACCUGUUCAGAGCUGUUCUCCUUUGAGAUGAGCAAUUUUCUUGCAAUGUCAGUUUGUCUCCAUUGACUACAAAGGGAACACUGUGUGAUUAACUAUGGCGCAGAUGUCUUCUCUGCAGCCACCUUCCAUCUAGCCCAUCUUUGCCUUUCAGACCUGGAACUUUCUGGUAUGAGGAAUGCCUGUCUUCUCUUAUGUUUUGUCUCAGUAAGAGUGCAUGUCAACCAUUAACCUAUUAUUUUUAAUUAAUCUUUUGCUAUCUUGGAAGAGGAGCAGAAAUUUGGGAAGAAUAAGGGAAAAAUCAAUGGGGAGAAAGGACUUAUUUCUACUUUUAACAAUAACUUAUAUUUGUGUGGAGUCUUUCAUCUGAGGCUUCAGGUUUUAAGAGCCCUGCAAUUGCAUGAUAUGCCUGUGAGACAAGUAAAUAUAAUUAGAAUAAGUUUACAUUUGUUAGAACUAUGGAUGCUCAAAGCUCUGAAAUCACUGAAGUGAGAGAAUAUAUGUAGUUCCCUGGUGUUUAACAUCCAGUGUUGGCUUAAGCGAGUUGCUCAAGGCCAAAAUGACUCAAUUAUGACAGAAAUGAAGCCCAGGAGAAAAGGCUGCCAGUCCUUUGGAUACUGUGGAUGUGCCCAGGACUUUCAAAUGUCCUUUGGGCUCUUGAGACACCUACCGAGAUCAAAAUGAUACAGAAGACUGCAGACCAUGAAAGCCCAAAGGAACAAAGUUAGUGAUUUUUCUAAAAACAAAUGUUUUCACAGUGUGAUAACAGCAAGUAGUUUUAUGAGUUAUAUAAACAACCAUUUUGUGAACCGAGCUCUCCAAACGAUGGAAGUGUAUUAUCUGGGGAAAAAAUGUAUAAUCUUUUUUAGGUUUCCUACAAAUUUUUAUUAGAUUGGAAAUGAGGAAGCUUCUCCCUGUACAAUUAAUGAAGAGUUUCUGAUCCCUCUGUUGGUAUUUACUGCUCUGUACCAUUAAUUAUACUCCUCACAGGGGAUAUUAUUUGGAUUUUGUUCUUAACAAAUGCUUACUUUCUAUUUCCAAUUACUGUUUUAACUGUUGUGUGCAGAUGUCAUGGAAAAAACUACCUGCAUACUGUGAACUGCGAUUUACACCAAAGCAUCUGCUGUAUUUUUAUAUACUUGAGUGCAACAAGUUAUUGAGCCUGCCAGGUUUGCGAAAUUUGUUUCUUUUGCCAUGACUCAUGCAGUCCCUAGAACAUGAAUCUUGCCUCUAGCCACAAGGUGCCAAGUAAUAGCCCUUGAGAAACCAUGUGACAUCAAAAACAUUUCAGCUGUGCUAUUCAGGCACUACUACUAAAGCUGAGACUGUCCAGCUCCAAAUCCCUGAAGUUCUUGUUCUUUUUCCACUUAGGUGGAGCACACUAUAAUGGUGGGAUCUUCACAGGGAUAUAAUUUUGGAACUGCCCAGUCCCUAUUCCAAAACACCAGCAAUGAGCCAAAUACAGUAGGAUGUUUUUUCUAGUAGACAUGUAGUUAAUUUGGGAUGAAAUGGGAUUACAAAACACAUUUAUGUGAGUGCAGGUCCUGAACUGGAGCACUGGAAGGAGCACUGAGGGGUCUCUCAGUCCUGCCUCAGUUUCUAGACCCUGACAAGGCUUCUGAAUUCAUCCUACCAUGUCAUCUCUGCUUUUGCUUGCUUAUUACAUUCUCACAAAGUUGUUGUUGAUGUUGUACUCCAAGUAUUGUCCUAAAACAACAGAUGCCCCACACUAGGUUGGAAAGCUGGUUUAGAGAUGACAUUUGCAGCACAGUUUCCUUGAGUCUUUCACAGGGAGGUAACACAAUAAUUAUUUUCCCAAAUCACAAAAUCACAGAAUGUUAGGGAUUGGAAGGGACCUUGAAAGAUCAUCUAGUCCAAUCCCCCUGGAUUGGACUGCUCCAGGUGUUCCUGGAGCAGGAACACCUAGAUGAGGUUACACACAAUGUUUGAAUCCUACCUAAUUUAGCCACACUACUCCAGCUUCCCCUGCACCUACUGAGAAAAAUGUCUGCUUUAUUUGAUUCUUCCUUCUGCCUGUUGGUCACUCAGUAAGAGAUGACUAUCUCUGAUUGAGAGGUGGCAUCGCUGCAUUAAAACCCUUUUUCUCUGAAGCAAUGUAUCUCAGUACAGAGGAUCUGAGGAUCUGUUUUGUCAAGGGUGAAACACAGAACAGACUUUCCUUUCUUUGCACUUCUCAUUGGAAUUUGACUGAUUUCCCCUCUGCUCUUGUAUGGAAACGUGGACUCAAAUACAUUUUUACAGGAAGGAAAAACGUCUGUCAACCAUAUUUUUAUUGCUCUCCCCAGCCAGAUGGAUAUUUGGGAUCUUUAGUUCCCCAUUUUCCCUGGAGAGGUGGAUUCGAGGAGCAGGAGCAGAGUAGGAAUUUGGGAGAUCUGAUCCUGGCAUACCUAACAUUGCCUUCAUCCCCAUCAUUUGCCAGAGAAAUCCUCGUAUGGGCAGCGUGUGCUAAUUUCCCGGUUGUGUGUUGGCUGUCAUUGCGCUGCCUGUGAAGAACUCAUGGCUGCGGUGCAAACACCUGCACCUGCAUCUCUCCAGCCUCAAGUACCAGGGGACCUGUGCAGAGCAGCGAUCCUGGGACAUGCAGCUUUGCUGGGCCACUGGAGGGCAGGGCUGCUAUUGCGGAUCAGGAGUGCGAGGAGAAGGAAGUUACUCUCCUGUGCAGCAGCAACCGCAGAGCAUGUUCAUGUAUUUUGAAUUCUGUGCCCAUAAAGUUGACAAUAACAUUUUCAGACUUUAUUUCAUCAUCAGCAGAGAGUGAUCUUUUGAUCUUUAGUUUCCACUUUUGCGAUGUAAAACGGAAUGAGAGGAAAGGCUUUGCCUGUUCAUUUCUUCUUCAAUUGCAAGCAUCUCUGGGCUAUUUAAACUGUG